AUGGAACGGACGUGGAAGGAGAUAAAUGAAACAAUUGUUAGUGAAAAUGAUUUAAUGUCUUUGACAAAGUCUCACAACGUCAGUGUCUAUCGUAGAGAAAAUUUUAAAAAUUAUGAAUCAAUAACAUAUAGAUGUUCACAAUAUCGGACUUUUACCAAAUGUCAAUAUCAAUUAAAAGCAAAAAUCUAUCAUGAUGGUACUUAUCAAAUUUUUUAUUCUCAACAUCAUGAACAUGAAUUACUUGAAGAUACACGUUUACCAACUGAUAUUCGUUCAAAUAUUCGUGAUCUUGCUAUGAAAGGUUUAACCAUCGGUCAAAUACAAAAAAUAAUGGAGCCUUUUGUACCAUUUUUCGAGGUUACUAAUAUUGAUAAUAUUUUUGUUUGCAUCACAACUCGUCAACUCCUGUCGACAUGUAAAUGGUCAUGCACUCUUGCUAUCGAUUGCACGUACAAAAUCACAUCAUGUGAAUUACCUUUAUUAAUCUUUGGAACGUCGGAUAUUAAUAGACGUUAUUUUCCUAUGGGAUUAUGUCUUAUAUCUACUGAUGAAACAACUAAAACAUUUGUAACAUUUCUUAAAGGUAUACAAGUUUGGGCAGCAACAGCUAAUCAUCAACCAUAUACAAUAAACGUAAUAAUGGCUGAUGGUGCUCCUGGUUUAACAGCAGCUGUUUCAAAUGAAUUACCGACAUGUAGAAGGCUUAUGUGCUGGCCGCAUGUUUUAAGAAAGGUUCGUGAACAUAGAUCACUUAUUAAAAAUAAAGAAAAAUUUCUUAUGGUGGAAAAAGAUAUCAAGGAAUUACAAUUAGCAUUUAAUGAUCAAGUAUUUUUUGCUGGUGCAAAAUUAAUGUUAGAAAAAUGGGCUACUGAUAAAGAUCUUAAUAAAUUUUCACAAUAUUUUAGUGAACAAUGGUUAUCACAUUUAUGUUAUUGGUAUGAAGGUGCUGCACGAUUUACUCCUUCUAGUAACAAUGGAUUAGAAAGUUUAAAUGGUCGUAUAAAACAGCAUUAUACUAUGAGAAAUAAGCUACCACUUGCUCCAUUUUUACAACUUGCAGAAAAAAUGCUGGUGGAUUGGUCGACAAACAACGUACAACAACCUUUUCAAUUACAUUUAACCAUUAAUAAUGAUCUCGAUGUAAAAGCUUAUGAUUGGAUUAACAAAGUUGAUAGGAACGAAAUAUUACAAUUAGAUGCAUUUACAUUUGUAGUUCCUUCUAAAGAACCUCAAAUGAAUAUUCGUUCUUGGAUAAAUUGUCUUUAUAGUAUGACUUGGUCAUCAUAUGAACAUUUCAAGCAAUGGUUAGGAUCUGCACGACUCUUAAAUUAUUCAAACAUGUUACCUCCAAUCUUCUGUUCUUGUAAAUAUGGUCUUAAAGAAUAUUCAUGUAUUCAUACAAUAGGUCUUAUGAU